CUGCAGGGGCAGCAGCUACUGCCGUCUCUGCAGCUCGGUGGCCAGGGGUGGAAGGAAGCCGCAGCCGCAACCCCAAGUCACCCCCCGCUGCCCUGUCCCACCGCCUCAUCUCUCCCCCCUCGGGUAAUUUAUCACUUCUGAAUGUGCAGAACAUUGGCAUUCUCCAUGAGAAGAGUCAACAUUGAAUAGUGGGCAACAGUUUUGGCAUCUCUCCAAUUCAUCUCUCAGUGUCCCCUUGUGACUGCUUCAUAAGUAGCAGUUUUGGCUACUUGUUCAUGACACUAUUUUUCUGAUAACAGAGGAAACCUACUGUCUGCCCAUUGGUGUCCAGUACUGUCACUCAAUUCUACUUAGUUUCACUUGAUUUCAGAAGAUCCAAUGGAGAAGUACACAGAAUCACCACCUACCUUGCAAGCAGAGCAUUCCUCCCUUCAGACUGAGAAUCUGAUUCUACAGCCACAAAUACAGCAUCUAAAUGAAGAGGGCUCUGAUCUGAGGGGCCAAGUCAUGCCUACCCUGGCUACCGUGAUGAUGUCUGUACCCCGCUCACUUGAACAUCUCUCUCAGUUUCACCAUGACCCUGCCAACCUCUCAAUAUUUCUUGCACAGUUGACAACUCUCAAGUUCCCCAAUCCUGCAGAUGAUGUCCAAAUCAAGUUCUUUUUUGACUACUUAUCUCAGCAGAUGGAAAGUUGUGGAGUCAUAUUUGGGCCUGACCAGAGCACUCAGCAGAAACAAUAUGAGAACUUUGUUUUUGAGUUCCAGCAAUCAUUUGGUGUGCCUACAAAACAGGAAAUAGACCCUCUGAACAAAGAGGACAACUCUUCUCAGCAAGAUGCUUCUACUUUCCAGCACCUUGCUCAAAAUCUGAGCUAUAAUGAAACCAGUCAGAGUGAUCACUUCCAAGAAGGACUAGCUGACUCCAUCCAGGAUGAUUUGAGUGGCACAGAUAUGAUGGACAACCUUCCAGACCUGAUCACUCAGUGUAUUCAGUUGGACAAGAAACGUAGUGACAGGCCAGAGCUUCUUCAGUCAGAGACCCAGCUCCCAGUGUUGGAUUCCUUGAUCCACCACCAAGCCUUUUCCAUCCCCACAGAUCUGCCACCCAAGGAAGAACCUAUACAGUUGCGUGGAAGCCAGCCACCACUCACUCCGGCCAAAAGAGCCCGCCAGCAAGAAGCUAAGUUGUGCCUCUACUGCAGCCAGGCUGGUCACUUCACAAGAGAUUGCCUUGCCAAACGUUCUCGAGCCCCAGCAAGGAUAAACAACCCAACUCACCAGUAAGAGAGCAGGUCACAUUGUAAACUUAUCUCCCUCUCACCUCCAGCCUUAAAAAUGUAUAUCCUGCACUAACAUUUAAAAUACAGGUGAGGAACUGUGAUACCACUUCAUAGACUGUCAUGAACUCAUGUGCUUCUGGAAAUUUAAAUAACUAGAUUUUGUUCAUUUGGUCACCCAUCACCAAACCAAACCCACCCAACAAUGAUGAAAACAACUCACAGGCACUUUCUGCAUUUGGAACCAAUUCCCCAAGAGUACUGAAAGUCUGUAGAUGAAAUUCUAGCCAGUCUGAGCCAAAUGAAAACAACCCUGGAAGUGCACUGAGAACCCCAUUCCUUCCAAAGGGUGAGAUCUGGGUUGAGUUUGUUGGCUUAAGUCUUCUGUGCCUAAGAUUGGGCCCAAGACUUUCACCCUAACCCUCAUCCAUCUGUAUUAUAGUUCCCUGUUGGUUUAGGACCCUUGAAUUCCUGAUUGCAUUCCAUAUCCUACCAACAUUUUUCUACUGGAAGCUGAAACCUGCUCCUACCUAUUGACUAGAGUCCAGCUUCAAUACAAACUAAUCUUCAUGGAAACACAGCUCCACUAUUAUUCCAUACAGCUAUGUAUUUUGUUGCCAUUUAAAGACCUCUACUUGCUAAAAAAAGAAAAAGAAAAGAAAAGAAAGAAAGAAAGAAGAAAAGAAAAGAAAAGAAAAGAAAAGAAAAGAAAAGAAAAGAAAAACACCCUGGAUCUUUUAACUACUGAAAAACCAGAUGGCCUGGCCAUUUGAAGACUGAUUGGAAUUGUUGGUCUAUUUCCUUGAGAACUAGCCCUUCAGACACAUACAUGUUUUUAGCCAAACCCAACUAAUUCCAAGUUACUCUCCUCUUUCCCAACAACCUACUUCAGGUUAUAGCAUGUCUAAUGGCCAAGUUUAAAUGGUCUAGGAUAAUGACCUCUGAAAAAUACUAACAAAAGUUGGGGAAGGAAUCUUCAUCAUAAUUAUUAUGUCUAUAGCAUGUCUUUGCUGUCUUACCUGGCAGGUAAGGGAACCUGGUUAAAUAAAUCUCCACUGAAGACUUGGGGUCAGGCUUUGUAGUAGUUUCUGUCUCUAGAGGUCUCAGUGUGGUCACCAUUUAGGAUCACUACCAUUGAUAUUGAGCUCUAUACCCUUAUGGAUCAUCUCUGGGGAUCCUCAUUUAGUUGAGAAUCUUGAAAAGCAAAUAAUGGCAAACAACUUUCUGAACCAUCCCAUCUGACAAAUCCUGGGGCAUGGACUUCAACACUAUUGACAAAUAAAUCUUAAG